UAUCCCGUCAACGGUUUCAGUCCAUCGUCACCAUCUCGCUGCUCGCCCAGAAAGUUUAGAAACAGUUUCUGGUAUUGAAAAGGCGCCUAAAAAGCCAGACCAAAGUGUGGUUUUGGUGUGUGCUGCGGCCGGGGGCUCGCGCAAGUUUUGUGUGUGUAUCUGUGUGUGUAUGUGUGCGUGUAAAAGGGCAAGAAGGGGAAGGGUAUCGCGUGUCCUCAACAUUGUUCGAGCAGUUUAUGCUCCAGGAAGGAAGAAAGGAAGGAAGGCAGCAGUGAGCUUCGAAAGGGGGCCAUCAGCAGCAGCAGCAGCAGCAGCAACACGGGGUUCGUCGUCACCGUUGUUGUCGUUCGUUCUCGCCGUGGCUUGCAAACGGUGGUCUGGUGGAGUUUCGCAAGAACGAUCGCGAUCUCUUCGCGCUAGAGAUGUGUGGUAGGCGCGCAGCGAAGUGCUUACAGUGUGUCGAGUGCUCGAUCGUUGCCCCUGUCUGCCUGGCAGUGCACGCGAUGCAACGCAGGUUGCAGUUGCCCGUAUGCGGUUCGUUUGUUUAACUGUUUGUUCCGACCUAUCGCAGCGUGUUUCUGCGCUCUAACACACUCGUUGCUAGCUGUCUCUGGCCUAUUAUUGCCUGCCCGCGGAAGUGCUGAAGUGAAUAUCAUUAAAUCGGAUAAGGGCCUAAGUGUACUGUUGCGCAAAUAUCCACUUCACCUACAAUACACCGUAGGUGCCACGGAUGCCAAACUGCUGCUCCUCCCGUGUAGUGGUGAUGUCGUUAUGGGCUGUUUGAUAGCCAGUUCGGUCGUGAUCGUAGUGCCAUGAUCUUGUGGAACAGUGCGGCAUCGAUCAACAACGACGACGACGACGACGACGAUGCGUGCCCCAACAGUAACUGCAACCACGGUAACCGUAGCGCCCGCUGCCGGUGGAACAAUGUUUGGCAUCACAAACGCACAUCUCGUCCAGUCGCUGAGUGGACCGGCGUCGACCGGAACGAUCGGAUUACCGCCGAUUAAAGCGGACAGUCCAACCGGCCCGGUGCAACUUACGUCGUCCGGUGGUACCGGGCGUGUCAAAGUGAACCGUGCGUCAUCGGUCUGUGGACCGGGACCGGGCAUGAUGCUGGUAUCAUCGCUGAAGGCUUCCAGCCGCAGCGGUACCAGUAGCCCCGUCAAACGGAACUCCAGUUCCAGCUCGAGCUUCGGCAGUAGCAGCGAUCGCCGGAGCAUCUUCUACACCGAUACCGAACCGGAGCAGGGUAGCAAGACACAAACAUCGAAACAAUACGACGGAGUGGUCAAUGAUGAAAGUUGCUCCGCUUCGAAGAUCUACACCCUGGCCCCAGUGACGACCACCAGUGGAUCCGAUGUGGACGAGGUCAAGCAACCGCGCCAGGAUCGACGAAAGAUGGCGGCGACAGGAAACGGUGGUACGGCAGGUGUGCGAGCCGAAGAGCUACUGCGAAGGCUGGGCGAUGGUCAGGUACGAAGCAAGCAGCAGCGACCAUCGAGCACCGGGCUAGAGGGUGUUAUCGGCCCGAAGGCCCACCUGAAGCUAGUCAGCCAGGAGCUGGAAUGGGAGCGCAAAUUGCGUGACGAUCAACUGUCCCGCAUCCUGAAGGCACUGAUUGGCUUCGAGAACCGGCUGAAGAACGAGCAGAACCGCAUUAGGCAGCAGCUGUACGAGAAGGAUGACGUUAUAAAUCGACAGAAUUGUACGAUAAAUCGGAUGAAGCGGAAGCUGGCCGCAGAAGAGGCAGAACUGCCGACCGCUGGUGCGGAGGAUGAGGAAGGGAAGAAGAAGGCUGAGGAGGAGUGCAGUGGCCGAGACGACGAAGUUACUCAGUACUGCCCAAAGUGUCGUAAAAACUAUUAUCGUCUCGAGUACCGAGCGAACGGGACGCAGACCUUUGACUACUGUCGGGAUGAUGGAGCGGAGAGUGUAAAUACGGAAAACUUGUCCCUUAAUAGCGUUGAGUACGCUUCAUCGAGUGAGGAGCAGGAAUCGUCGCUGUACGUUCGGGCGAACUCGUUCAAGGAUGCACGUCGCAGCCGGAAGUACACCAGCAAACGGUCCUACCAGGGUUACCAGCGAGGACCGUCCCGAGCAAGUAGCUUCAAAAGUAAUGCAUCCGGUCAGACCACCGGAACGCUAACGAGGCUAACGGAGCGCAAUGAACGGGCGAGUCCGCUGCGUUUCGAUGGCCAGCAGAGGGAAGACGACGAGGACGAUGAGCAACCGGAGCGCCCGGUAGUCGAGAGUGGCCACGAGGCGUACGUUAAUAUUGAACCGGCUAUGCCGAAGAUUGCAAUUUAUGAAAACUAUGAAAGCGAUAAGGAGAACAAACGAUUGGAUCAGAAUCGUCGUUCCGAGUGCAACAACUACGAUAACGUGGAACCGUACUCGAAUCGGAUUGAUUCGCUGCACGGAAUCAAUCGAAAUCCCGGAGAAGGUGGAGAUGGUAUCCUGCGGAAGCAUUUCAUUCGCGAUGAAUUACCUACGACGG